AUAAAUCAUUGACGAUAUAUACACAAGUAAUUAGCAGCUUUAUAAGUGCCCAAGAUAGAAAUAUAUCUAUAACCCUGCCGGCAUUAACGUUUUAGAUGGGCUGGUUAUAUAAACCCGGGUCGGAUCCCCCUGUUGUGCCGAUUCAAAAUCCUAUAAGCAUGCUUGUAAAUCAGCUUGUGACAGGUUCAGGGUGGGCCAUUGACAAUAAGACGCUUGGUCUGCUGAACGGUGGUCCAAUAGAAAAGCUCACGGCAGGAUUGUACAAGGGAAACAGGGCAGUCGUGCAAUAUGUUCUAAAGGAUUUAUCAGCGAAAGAUUUCAUGUUGGCCCCACCAGAUAAUUAUAGAGGAUUGACGGGACUUAUGUUUGCAGUAAAAUAUGGAGAUAUCGAAAUGCUGCGGUUCCUCGUUGAUACAGGUUCAAGUUUUUCCGCUUCUUCCUCGGCUAAUGAUAGUGAUGGCUCGUGUAAUACUCUGGAAGCUUUUUUGAGGCAAGGUGAUGAGAAGAAGAACACCGCCUUGCACGAGGCGGUGAGCAUGGGUAAUAUGGCUGCUGCGGAGGUGUUAGUAAAGGCAGAUCCAAAUCAUAGGCAUGCUCAGAACUCUGAUGGGGAAACUCCAAUCUAUAUUGCUGUCAAACUGGGGCACAUAGAUAUACUAAGGAUGAUGUGCACAAUUCUGAAAGUUCCGGCAUUUGAUGGUCCUGAUGGUAGAACUGCUUUACAUGCCGCUGUUACUAGGCUGCCUAAAGAAACUACGGAAAGCAGUGAGGCGGUUCAGGUAGUCAUUGAUACCCUAAUACGUUACAUAGGCGAUGAGAAUAAGCAGGAGAUUAGAACACUGGUCGAUCAAGCUGAUGACAAAUGUGGGAACACUGCCUUACACUUGGCAGUUCUGGGAAAGCACUUGGGUGUUGUUAAGCAAUUAUUAGGCGCAGACAAUCUGUUCAAACACGAUCUUAAAUGUAAUAGUGAUUCCAAGAAUCCCAUCUACAUUGCAGCUGAGCUGGGAUACACGGAUAUAUUCAAAGAAUUCUCCCAAACUAAGUACUACGCUAGUGAAAAUGCGCCUGGUCCUCGGAAACGAUCGGUCGUGCAUGCUGCUGUUAUAAGUCGAGAUGCAGAUUGUAUAAGAUAUGUAUUGGAACAUACCUCGGACCUUGUAACCUCUUGCGACGAAGACGGAAUGACCCCACUUCACUAUGUCGUGCUUCACAAAUUUGAUUCGGUACUUGAUAUGAUUGUGAAAGCCACUGUUAAAGCCAACUCAAUAUAUAGAUUUAGGACUGAUUAUGAAGGGAUGGUACCAACACCACUUUGGUUAGCGAUGGAAGGAGGAUUUACUUCUACGGUCAUACAGCUUAUAAAAUUAUUACCAGGUGUAUGUCUUGAGAUCAAUCAUGACAACAAAAGAAACAUACUGCACUUUGCAGCAUUUCGAAGUGAUAAGAAAAUGGUACAAGCAAUAUUAAAAUAUUGUCCGCAAGAUGAUAUCGACACACUUGUGAAGGGUAAGGAUGACAACGGAGAUACACCUCUGCAUCUGCUCAUCGAUCAGGGCUGUUUCAUUGCAGACCUUCUAAAAUACGAGAGAGUUGUUAGAAUGGUCAAAAACAAACAAGAUAUGACUCCCCUCGACAUGUUAUAUAACCAAGACAAAAUCAUAGCUGAUCAGUUGCAAAUUAAAAAAGAACUUGAUGGUACGCAAGUUAAUCAACAUUCAUGCUUCUGGCGUAGACGCACCAAGUUCAACCCGAUUGCACAGGACAGUUUAGUGCCUUCAUGGAAACGAUCAGAAAAAGAUGACAAAUUUAAGAGAAGAAACAAAGAAUUGAUGAAAGAAGAGCUUAUACAAUACAAGGAAAGGACCAAUACCCAAAUCAUAGUUACCGCGCUCAUAGUCACAGUAACUUUUACCGUAGGCUUCACGAUGCCCGGGGGAUAUUAUGAAAGUGGUGACCUGAAUCAAGGAUUGGUCCUUCUGUCAAAGAAGAGAGCUUUUAGUGCAUUCAUGAUAUCUGAUGCAUUAGCUCUAGCACUGUCCACCAUUUCUUUAUUUCUCUAUUUCAUUUCAACUACGUAUGAAGAUCCCCAACUCGUCUCAAAACUCAAUGGUGUAUCAUCAGGACUCACUGUUGUUUCUGUUGUCGCGAUGAUGUUGACAUUUAUCACAGGAACAUAUGCUGUACUAUCCCACUCACCACUUGUUGCUAUUACGGUUUGUAUCAUCUGUUCCACUUCCUUUCUUUUCAUCAUUGUUUUCCUGAUCAUCAAGAGUAGAUAUGACCGCGAAAAGAUAGAAGAGAAUGCACCCUGAUUUCGUUUGUAACUGCUUCCAACUAUAUAUUUAAUGCAUUCUUAUUUUUCAUA